AUGAUGAAGCUGAAAGCCGCUGCCUUGGUGGUGGAUAAUGGGUCAGGGGUGUGCAAGGCAGGCUUUGGUGGUGGCAGUGUCCCCCGGGCUGUAUUCCCUUCCAUGGUUGGGUGUCCCCAGCACAGGGACAUGGUAGGCGUGGGCCAGAAGAGCUGCGAUGUGGGGGAUGAGGCCCAGAGCAGAAGAGGCAUCUGGACCCUGUGGUAUCAUGAGCAUGGAGUCGUCACCAACUGGGAUGACAUGAAGAAGAUCUGGCACCACACUUUCCACAACAAGCUCCAUGUGGCACCAAAUGAGCAUCCCAUCCUCCUCAUAGAGGCACCCCACAACCCCAAGAUUAACCAGGAAAAGAUGGCUCAGAUCAUGUUUGAGGCCUUCAACACGCCCGCCAUGUAUGUGGCUAUCCAGGCUGUGCUGUCCCUUUAUGCCUCAGGACAGACCACAGGCAUCGUGAUGGACUCUGGGGAUGGGGUCAUUCACGCUGUGCCCAUCUACGAAAGUCAUGCCUUGCCGCACACCAUUCUCCGUUUGGAGCUGGCUGGCAGAGACCUGACUGAUUACCUCAUGAAGAUCCUCACAGAAUGAGGCUACAACUUCACCACCACAGCUGAGUGGGAGAUUGUUUAUAAUGUCAAAGAGAAACUGUGCUACGUGGCCCUGGACUUUGAGCAAGAGAUGGCCAGUGUUCCUGUAUACUGCUCACACAAAAGAAGCUACAAGUUUCCUGACGGCCAGGUGAUCACCACUGGGAAUGAAUGCUUUUGAUGCCCUGAAGCCAUUUUCCAGCCUUCCUUUCUGGGCAUUGAGUCCUGUGGGAUCCAUGAGAUAACUUUCAACUCUAUCAUGAAGUGCGAUGUGGAUAUUCACAAGGAUCUAUAUGCCAAUACGGUGUUGUCUGGAGGCAGCACUGUGUACCCUGGCAUUGCUGACCGGAUGCAGAAGGAAAUUGUAACUCUGGCACCAGUCAUGAUGAUCAAGAUCAAUGCUCCCCCAGAGCAGAAGUAUUCUGUUUUGAUCGGGGGCUCCAUUCGCCAGCAGAUGUGGAUCAGUAAGCAGAAAUACGAUGAGGCUGGUCCUCCCAUAGUUCAUUGAAAAUGUUUCUGAAAGUCUUUCAUGCUAAUGGGCUUACAUUUUUCCCUUUUCUAGGUCACAGUGAUGGUACUGCUUUUACCCACUUUCAACUGAGCCAAGGGUUCAAAGAAAUGCAGACCUGCUUAAGUGACAGGAGUCAUUAUCUUAAGUGACAAGGAGUAAAAUCAUGAGCAAUGUCCUUUCAGAAUGGAUCACUACAAUUUCCAAGCUUUAUAAAUUAGUUCUUGCUCAAAAUAUUAACAAUAUUUUGCAAUAGCAGUCUGUAUAACCCUGUAAAAAAGGUGUGUGUAUUUAGCAACAUGUCUUAGUUAGGUUUUUUGGUUUUGUUUUAUUUCUUUGUAUAGAGAUAAUGAAUUAUAUGGGUCAACAAUAUUUAUAUAUAUGCAUAAACACCAGUGAAAUAUUAUGUCUUAAAAUAUAUUGAUAAAAUUUGGCUAUUUGAGCAACUAAUCUGAAUUUCUUAACUCCUCAACUAUCACUGUUUUAGUAUCUCCAUAUUUUAGUUGUUUCCUAUACUAAAUAAGCAUAAUGAAACAACCUAUAUUUCAUGGAUGUUGUUUAUAAAUCAACUAAAUUUUCAGAUCACAGUGGAGUUCUGCUGGUCAAAUGUAUAUUUCAAUGUAUAACUUACUGAACUUUAUUCUAUUUGUAAGACAGUGAAACUACAGGUAAUGCCUAAUUUUUAAAAUAGAGAUAUUGAAAUAUCAAAUUAAUGUCAUUAUGCUCCAGUUUGACAAGGAUAAUUUUAUUUCUAUUUCUUAGCAUAAUAACACAUGUCUUGAAUAAUUUUUGUAGGCCAUGAGUUGGAAUAAUUCUCUUAUGAAGGAUUCCACUAUGUGGAAACAUAGCUGUAGCAUCUUUGUAAAUUAUAAAUUCUAGUACCAGUAUAGGAUUUCCAAAUUUAUUCUUAGAAAGAUUUUAGAAUAACUCUGCUUAUUAUGUCCUGUAACAAGCAAUAUUUCUUUAUUCAAAGUGUCUCUAAGACACUAACAUCUUAGAAAAUGUCUUAAAAGUGUACCUUCCUGUAAACUCUAAAAUGUGUUAACGAAUCCAAUGAUGAUUUUUAACCAAUGUUAAGUGUUAGUGUAUUUAUUUUAAUAUAUUCUGUAAUUUAUGAUUAUCUUAA